UAGCGUGUUUUAUAAAAAUAUACAGUGCAUUAUUUAAGAUGUAAUAGUAACAAAGAUCAUCAAAGCGCAUGUAUAUAUCGUCAAAAUAUAACAGCGGAGCUGUAAGAGAUUAUUAAUAGAAACAACUGGAAACUUACCUUUUUAUUUAUUCAUGCGUAUUUCUAUAGUUACUGAGACGUGAGAAUUCGAAAAUUUUAUCUGUUAAACAGAUGCGAUUUUUUUUUAUUAACGUCUCAAGAAACUACCUACUAUCAGGUGAUGUACAAGGUGUAUUGUGCAAGGUGACUUUUUAAAUCGCACGUGCGUGACCGAAACAAACAACGUGCGCAAAGGAAAAACUAAUGCAAACAAUAAUAUAACUAUACUAACUUAAACUACUUGAAAGGAUGUCCUUCCAAAUCGUCCGCUAUGUUUAUAAUAUUAUAAAUACUAUAUGUACAACGUUCUCAUAAUUAUGGAUCAUUAUUAUAUUUUUCUUCUAAUCUUUUAACAAAAUACGCUUAAUAUUUGUAUUAAUUUUAACGUUACCAUAAUACUCUUGCUAUACAAAUUUACAUUACUUAAAAAAUGUUCCAGCUGUACAAUAAAAAUCUGACAAUAAUUUAAUCUACGCUAAUAAAAUUCCAAAGUCGUGAUUCCGGCACGGGGAGCAUAACAUCUAUUUACUUUUUGUGUGCAUUGUGAAAAUUUCAUCGGCCAACAUGUAAUUUAAUUAAAUUCUGAACGCGAUCAAAGAAAGCAAUGUAUUCUUAAUUACACAAAUACUGAUCGUUACUUUGCGAAAAAUGAAGUUUUAGAAAAAUUGCAAAAUUUUUGUGACGUUCCUAAAUAUCAAAUUGUAUUUUUUGUACCCUGGGAGAUGUUUUUUUAUGUUAAAAAUGCAAUAACUGAGGAAAUAAAUAAUAAUCAUAAUAGAGUAAAAUAAGUACGUGAAAGAAUAGAAUGACAGACAUUUGGUGGAAUGAUUAUUAAUGUUUUUACAACUGUAACAAAAUGUCUAAUUUAUUUCAUUAACUCUUCGUAGUCACACUUCUCUAGAAUCCCGCGGUAGUCACACUGGGUCGUAUUGACCCAGUCGAUUUUUAAUGGUUGCCAUUUUAAUGGUAUCGGUCCAAUCGGGUUCAAAUAAUUCUGGAACAUACCUUCAACAUUCUAGAAUAUAAAACAACUGCGGUUUUAUGAGAAAUCAAAUGGCAACAUGUUGAAAAAAAAUCGUGAACGAGUACAUGAUUAACGGUCUCUACCUAUAAUAGAGGAUACUUCAAACUCUUGUAGAUGGCGGACCAAGCCCCAUUUGAGCUAAGCAUUUAGCUGAUAUUUAAAUCCAAAUAAAGGUGAAUCAAAUUGAUCCAUGUAUGACUACGAAGAGUUAAGCUGAAAUUGAAGUAAGACUAAAUCUCGGAAAAAUUUUUGAUAAUUGUUCUCGACGAGUGAAAGUUAAAGAAACCAACAGGCACAUUUGUGCAACACGUGUGGAACGUCUGGUAAGCAGGUAGACGAAAGAAUUAAUGCUGUUUCUUCCUCGCCGCUCACACUUCCUGGAUGACAAGUAAAGGUAGUAAAGAUAGUAGAAUAAUCCAUCUGACAAGAUAUUAUCCUUCUUGAUUCAAAAAUAUAUGCCAAAAAUAUCUAAACAAAGUAUUUACAAGAUUACUUCUAAAAGGUUUAUUAAAAUUAAUUGAAUUUUAAGAGCCUUUAUACUGAUGGAUAUAUUGGAUAUUAGCGUCUAUAUUGAUGCUUGAUUAAAUAUGCGAUUGCAAAUAUAAAAUAAGAUUAUUAAACACGUAUAAAGAACAAGUUUAUAAUCAUAUAUAAAAAUAUGUUCUUAUAUAUAUAUAAUUUUCUAAUUAGCAACAUUUUCUUUUAAUUAUUUAUCUGACAAUAGGUGCGACAUCCGCCGUGAGUAGGUAGAACGGGUUAAACUGAAUAGAAACGUUUUUUCAUUCGUGGUUAUGGCAAUAAAUAAUGCAAAAUUAAUAAAUAAUUAUUCGCAAAUCAGGGUGCGUCGUCACGUUUCGGCAUUAACGAGACAGCUUGGCGUCUCUAUACAGUGUUGUUGUACGUGAUGCGGUCACGUUAUUGCCGCAGUCCUUGGGUUUUUAUCUCUCCCUCUUUUUGAGAAUUCUAGAUUUUCUUUUCUGCGAGAGUGGGGCUCAAAAUAAAGGUGUUAUAUUCCACAGCACGGAUUCAGCGGCAAGCGCAAUAGCGAGUCUCUUCGGAAUUAACCAUCUUUAGUCGAGUUUGACGCGCGACGCGCGAACAAUCUCUUUGCUACGUUUAUACUCGUACGUCGUCUUGCUAAUAUCUCUUAAAAUAGAUUUUUAAUCUGUGAUAUGUGCGUGUAUUCUCUUAAUCUCUAAUCGAUUGCGGCGAAUCAAAUCCUUUUAAAUUCCUGUGCAAUAUUGAUAGGACAUUGACUGAUUCCUUUUAUCAAAAUGACUCGCGCGCGUCCGCUCAGGCAAUUUGAAAUUCGCGAUAAUGGCUGAUCGUUAAAGUAGUUUCAACGUGCGCGUGCUUGAAACUGAUGUUUGAGCAGUUUCAACACGAUCGGCGAUACGUGCAAAAUAUUGUGAGUGAUCUACGUGGUGUCGGAGUUCAAUUAAUAGUGAUAAAAUGGUAAGAAGAAUGCGUGCAGGAUGACAUUGACGGAAAAUUAUGGACGCAGACCGGCUGUUCCGAGUUCCGAGAAAUGAAAAUCCGUACAGUAAGAAUAAGAGAAUGAGACCGGCACAUCCACCUGCUACAGUGAAGUUUAAGUUUAGCAAUAGCGCGAGUGGUGUCGAUUGUACGACUGAACUGAGCGUUCGUCUUUACUCACAAGGGCAAUGGAUGAUCAAGAUACGGAAUAUGGUUCUCACAGCUCACCUAACUCAUCGGGAAGCAGUGUCGAUUGGGAUGAGGAAAGACAGCAUGAAAUUAUGGUAAAAGAAAAAAGCAAAAACGCAGCGCGGUCGCGCAAUUUCCGCGUUAAGGAGAAGCAGGAAUUUUCGGAGCUGGCGGAGCUGCUACCACUUCCAGCUGCCAUUACUACAAAUCUGGACUGUAUCAGCGUCCUCAGACUGACCAUAAGUUAUCUCAAGAUGAGAGCCGUCUUUCC